UUCUUAUAAGAUUGAGGAUACGCUCGCUCUCAAAUUGCAAAGAGCUUUGCCUUCCUUCCGCUCCUCAAUCGGUGCCUGUCGGUCUUCUCACGCUAAGCUUACCUUAAGCUAGGGUCGAUGCGAGGACAGAUCCCGGCUCAUCCUGAUUCUUGCAUUACGAUUGCCUAAAGCGGCAGUCUCGUCGACUUCUAUUUGUGGCACGCGUACGCGGACGCAUCUCCAUUCAGCAUGACCAUCCAAGCAUCCCAUUUCACCCCAGAGGUGAUGCUUUCGGCACCUCGACGGUCUCCAGGCAUCCCCAAUGCUUCAGGAAAGCUGCUACUUUACACGGUCUCAACGUACGACUUUACAAGCCACAGCAAGACUUCCCAGAUCCGGGUGCUGAGCAUUCCUGAUGGCCACUCUCACUUGGUGUCCGAGGAUGCUUCAGCCUACGACCCAGUCUGGAUUGGCGAGGAGGAAAUCACCUAUUUCAAGCCGAAUGAGCGUGGCUGUACUGCUUUGGUGAAUCAGAAUGUUUUCCAGGCAGCUGAAUCCGCAGAGAUGGUCCAGUUCUUUGCUGGUAGUCUUGCCAAUGCCAAAGCGAAGAGACUGGAUAAUGGCAACGUGUACUUCUGCUGCUCAGCUCCGACGACCCCCAAGGGCGAGCUUUACUGGCCAGCUGCCGAGCCGAAGAAACACUCUUCUGCCAAAAUCUACACGUCUCUCUUUGUCCGACACUGGGAUACCUGGGCGUCCGAGAACGAGAACUCGCUGUGGUUUGGCGAGCUGGCCAAGCGGGAUGGGAAGUGGGCGUUUGAGAGCCCAGGACUGACCAACCUGCUGGCCAACACUGGCCUCAGCAGUCCUAUUCCGCCCUUUGGCGGCACUGGCGACUUUGACAUUUCCAAAGAUGGCAUCGUCUUUGUAGCCAAGGACCCAAAGUUGAACCCUGCAAGAUACACCAAAUCCGACCUGUACUACAUCCCCUUAGAAAACGGUGCUGCCUCCAAGGGCAAGGGGCCUCAGAUGAUCAAGACGCAGGGCCUGCGGGGCUAUAGCAUGUCACCAGUAUUCUCUCGAGAUGGUAAGAAGGUGGCCUUCACCCGCAUGAAGUCGGACCAGUAUGAAGCAGACAGGCCAAGGCUACUCGUCGUCACAAACAUCUCCGACUUGGACUCCGUUGAGGAGUUUGCAGAGUCAAAGGAAACUGCGCAAUGGCGGCCAGACUCGGUAGUCUGGGGCAAAGACGAUCAGGUGAUCGUCGCAGCCGAGAGGCACGGACGCGUAUCACUGUGGGAGCUGUCGGCGCGAUCGCUGAAGGAGGGCAAGUCGAAAGCCCUCUUCCAACAGGGCAGUGUGUCGGACGCCAAGUUCUUGGGAGACACGUCAACGCUCCUGGUCACCUCCAGGUCGCGGAUCGAGAAUUCUUGUUACUCGAUCCUGAACACGCAAGACGGAUCGGUGCGGGAACUAUCCUCGAGCUCCAAGCGUGGAAAGUCUUUCGGGCUCAGCAGAGAUCAGUGCUCGGAGCUUUGGUACAAGGGCGCUGCGGGCUACGACGUCCACGCCCUCGUCAUGACCCCUUCAAACUUUGACAAGUCAAAGACUUAUCCAUUGGCUUUUCUGAUCCACGGUGGCCCGCAGUCAGCGUGGAUGGACGACUGGAGCACUCGAUGGAACCCUGCCGUGUUCGCGGAGCAAGGCUACGUCGUGGUGUGCCCCAAUCCGACGGGCAGCACGGGUUACGGCCAGGAUCAUGUCGAUGCGAUCACGGAGAAUUGGGGCGGAACUCCGUACGAGGAUCUCGUGAAAUGCUUCGAUCAUCUAGAGAAAGAGGUCAGCUACGUUGACACCAAGAACGCAGUUGCCUUGGGAGGGUCGUAUGGAGGAUAUAUGAUCAAUUGGAUACAAGGGCAUGACCUUGGCCGCAAGUUCAAGGCCCUCGUCUGCCACGACGGCAUUUUCUCGACACUGAACCAGUGGGCUACCGAAGAGCUCUUCUUCACCGAACACGACUUUGGCGGCACGUUGUGGGACAAUAGGAAGGCAUAUGAGAAAUGGGACCCUGCCAAUCAUACUGGUCAAUGGCAGACGCCCACGCUCAUCAUCCACAGCGAACUCGACUAUCGUCUGCCCAUAUCGGAGGGGUUGGCCAUGUUCAAUGUCUUGCAGGCGCGCAAAGUGCCCAGCAAACUUUUGAUGUUCCCUGACGAGAACCAUUGGGUUUUGAAGCCAGAGAACUCAUUGGUGUGGCACCGGGAAGUCCUGAACUGGAUCAAUCAUUACAGCGGCAUUGCCAAGGAUGCUGCUUUGGAGGCGGAAUUCGAGAAGAUGCAUGUAUGAUAGAGGAGAGAGUGUCUUGAUGUGAAUGUUAUGGGGACGUCGGAUAGUUGACCACCGCAUGAGGUCUUCCGUCUUCUUGGACAGCACAGUGUAUAAUCAGACAACACUGUGUGCGCGCACACGGUUCGCAGCCUUUCGAGUUGGAGACCCUGA